GAUCGAGGGAUAUCUCUCUAUUUUCAUUAACAACGUGAGUUGGAUAAUUGAAGAGGAAAUGGCCAGUUUUUCUUCAUUAAUUGACAACGAAGAGACGAUUAAUGCAUACAAUUUAUCCAAGUCCUUGGAUAAUAGCACAGAAUUAAAUUCAACGUUCUUUUCAGAAGAUACAUCAAGUCAAUCUUUUUACGACUUUGUUCAUGCACUUUAUCUUUCUGCGAUACCACUUAUUUCUACUUUCGGAAUCAUUGGAAAUGUCUUAUCAAUCAAAGUUUUUCUCUGCUCUACGUUCAAACGACAGCCAUCAAGCAUUUAUUUAGCCGCUCUUUCGGUCUCAGAUACAUGGUUUUUGGUGGCCUUAUUAAUGGGAUGGCUAGGUAGUUUUGAUGGAACAAUUCAAGAGUCCGGAGUAACAUGCAUGAUUUCUAUAUACGUAACGUACGUCACGGGGUUUCUUUCAGUAUGGUAUGUAGUUCUUAUCGUAAUUGACCGAUACAUUGUGGUCUGUCACCCUCUAAGAGGACCUCGCUUGUGUUCCAGAAAAAGAGUUGCCACGGCAUCGGUCCUUAUUACAAUGUUUGCAAUUAUAUUUUAUACUCACUGUUUUCGUACAACGAUGAUCGUAAAGAAGCCAUCAGGAAAGGGCGUCCAAUGUGUUGUUCAAAAAGACAGUAUGUACGCACUAACAAUUAUCACUUACAUUGACUCAAUUCUUACCAUAGGAGUACCUUUCCUUGCCAUUUUUAUUCUUAACUGCAGUCUCAUAUCGGCUGUACGAAAAUUUAACAACAAGCAUGUCAGAUUCAGUGAAAGAAAGCUAUAUUCGUAUUCUCCUCAAUACAGCAUCCUGACCAAGGCUCAGAUACGGCUGACAGUGAUGCUAGUAGUGGUUUCCUCUGUGUUUCUGAUUCUGAAUUUGCCAAGCCAUGCUAUUAGACUGUACAUCAUGAUAAAGGGUCUGGUAAUGAAGCGCCAAAAUAGCAUUACAUUGAUCCUCAUUCAACAGAUCUUUCAGAUACUUUAUUACGCAAACUUUGCGAUCAAUUUCAUUUUGUAUAUGGUGUCUAGUAAACAGUUUCGUAAAUGUCUCAAGGAAAGUCCAAAAUGCCGAGUUUUACGAAGGUUGAGAUUAGAAAAGACAUUAUUAGAUAGGCGAAAAGAGUAUGGAUAGGAUUAAAAUAUCAACUGCGAUUAUAUUCAUCAUUUUAACCCGAAUAUUGGUCAGAUUUGAUUCAACAUUUAACAUGUUGAAGGACACUUGUAUGGAAUUCACCUAAUGAUGCUAAAUUGAAGCACAUUUUUUACAUACAAUUGCAAUAUUUUCAAGAUAAAAUUAAAUUAGUUAUAUUAAAUGGAUAUAUUCUAACAACGAGCUUAUUCUCAAAAUCAUUCUCAAACAUUUUACAAUAAAGAUAUUGAAUAAAACACACCUUCAAAUUAUGAGGGAAAAAGCUCAUCAGUUCAACUGGGCAAUUCAGUUUAUCUUUUAACAUUAUUUUUAGAUUGUGCAAAAGAAACAACGAAUGCAUUUAAAACGUAUUGGUAGGCUUAAUGAAUGUAAGAUUUAUUUUAUUUGCAAAACAUGAACGCGAAUGGGGGAACAGCUUAUUCCUCAAUUUUUCCCAAUAAAGCGCUCUUUUCGUAGUUGAUUUUCAUCACAUAAAGUCAAAUAAAAAUGAUUUUGAGACUACCAAAUUAAGAUUGUUUGACAUUUCGCAUUCACAACGAACAAGUUUCAAUUCCCCUUUGAAAAAAGUUAUAUUUUUGCU